CUAGGUUAAAGGUUGCCGAGGUUAUAUUUAUUUCGUACACACAACAAUGCUCAGUCAUCUGAUCCACAAUGGUUAUCGACCUCUUUGGAAACAUUAUCGACUGGGGAGGCAUCUUUUUGCAAGUUGCUUUCUCUAAACUAAAGACCACUGCUAUCCGUUUGUUUAUUCUAAUCGGUAUUUUAAUAACUAUACUAUGGUUGUCAAUAUUCUUCUAUGCCAGUUUUUACUGGCUCUACAUGCCAAGUGCAUCCCACAUCAGACCUGUUUACUUCAAAUUCGAUGUGUGUCCGGAGGGAGUUGGGAUGUGUACAUUCCCACAAGCUAACCUAACAUUUGGGAAAGAUGGACGAGAAGAAAUCCUCCACAAGGGCCAGGCAUACAGGAUAUACCUGGAGCUUGAGAUGCCGGAAUCCCCAACCAACCGAGGUACAGGUAUGUUCAUGGUACAGCUGCAGAUGUAUGACAAGACCGGAAAAGUGAUCCAGCAGUCGGACAGAUCUGCUAUCCUGCACUACCGGUCAGUGCUGCUGAGGACGAUGUACACAGUCAUUUUCGCCCCCUUCUUCCUGGCCGGACUUGAUGAACAGAAGCAGGUGGUUGACAUUGAAUUGUUCAACCACUAUGUGGAUGAUCUGGUUGACUCCGCUGUUGGAGCUGUCAUUCAGAUACAGACCAAGAAGAUAGAUAUAUACUCCUCCAAAAUCAAGAUCUUUGCAGAUUUUACUGGUUUAAGGUAUUACAUGUUCUACUGGCCCAAGCUGAGCGCUGUGAGUGGCAUCGGGGGAAACUUUAUGUUCCUGUCGUUCAUGGUGUUGUUGUCAUGGUAUCAGUACUCACAGAAAGACACUGUGGAGGAGGAGGAGUUUGUGCCGAUGAUGAGGAGGAUGUCGCUCGAUGUGAGGCGACAGAGAAUACGAGAGCAGUUGGAGCGGGAGAGAGCAGCAGCAGACAGCUCCUCCCCAGAAGACGAGGACGAAACAUCAGCCAAGUCAUUUAUGGGGUCAUAUGACUAUCAAGGGUCACAUGACAUACAGGAUGAGAGUCUGGGAGAAAUGGCUGCCGCAGGAGAUGAUGAUAUAGUUUUGAUGUCAUCUGACGUGACACUGCUGCCAGGUAGUGAUGACGACACACUCAGGUUACGACAUCCAAGCAACAUCCAUGCUACUCUUUGAGGGGGGUGGUGGUGGAGCAUAUAUGCAGAACAACAACAGUAUUUGAAAUCAGCCAUUACUCCUCAUAAUAGAGUUUCAGGGUUUAGUGACAGAGUAUAGUUUCAAUGAAGGUCAGUAUUCAUGCACAUGAGCAGAAAUACCAAUCUACCUCUCCUGCUAGCAGUGGUGUGUGUGCAUGUACCGUACUCGACAUAAUAAGCGCCCAGGGCGCUCUCAAAAUUAGAAAUAGGGGGCUCUUAUUAGAAUAUUAUUUUGGUGGAAAAAACAGAGUUUACUGAAACCUACGUUAUCAACACACCACAAAACUAAAAUAAUAGUUAUAGCCUUUAUUCCCGUAAUACAACGUCACCAGAAAGUCUAUAAACCAUACUUUAUAUAAUCAAAGGAAAUAGAAGAAAAUGCACCAACAGGAAGUGACGUCAGCAGAAGAAACGUAUUUCUUCUGCUGAUAAUUAUUAUUUUGUGGUGUGUACUAACUACUGUUAAAAGAUAAAUUUUGUGGUUUAUGCUGACGGCCUGAACUGUUUAUAUACGACAGAUAUAUUUUUCCUGAAUUUAAUUACCCAUAAUUAAGGUUGCAUGUAACACACAAGUGCGUAUUAUACGCGAAUAAGUAAGUCUUGGUACAUUGAUCGAUUGGAAGGGGUGCUAAUUAGGAUAGUUCACUUGCCAAUUUAUUAGCAAAUAUCGCCGUGGGUGCUUAUUAGAGCGGGGCGCUUAUUACGUCGAAUAGGGUAAUACAUACAUACAGCAAUGCAUGUACAUACGGACAACUGGGACUGACAGGGUCCUCAUCUUAAUAUAGAUCCGCAUCUCAUUCCUUCUUGAAUAUUUGAGCCAAGUGAAACAGUUAUGUCGUCAUCAUACUCAUUCCAAAAGACAUGCUGCUUUGUCUUGGGAAGUGAUUUACUCUUAGAAAAUUGAAGAGUAUUUAUCAAGUUAAGUCUCAUUUCAUGAAUCUGCUUGUGCAUAUAUCAGGGCUGGCAUAAUAACAGGUCUGAACCUUAUGAGAUUAUGACCAUAAUUUUAGCCUUGAAGCUCAGAACUGCUGGGAACAAUGCGUAACGUUGACAACGUAUGUAUGAUUGCCAACACUGGUAUCAACAAUAAGCUAUGACCUGAUACAUAUUCUGCUUCAUCGAAGGGUAGAAGCCCCAUGUGACCUCAAACACAGGUCUUGCAAAUUUUAUGUAAAUUUAUUCAAUUUAUUCAAUUUUGUAAAAUAUGAAUAUAAAUAUUAAUCAACAUACAAUUUCUUCCGUUUGAAUGAUAGUUUCCCCUAUUUGCUCGUGUGUGCAAUGUAUAUGUUUUGUAUGAUUUGUUACAGUAUGAUAUGAAGUGUGUGUAUGGUUUGACUUAACUUUGUUAUAGUAUGAUAUGAAGUGUGUGUACGAUUUGACUUGACUUUGUUAUAGAAUGUUAUGACUGUGAUAUGGUUGUCAGUGUGAAGUUUUCUUUUGACAAUUGUGUAUAUUUUAUAAUAUAACCAAAGAGAUACUGUUUAUAUCCAUUGUUAGAAAGAGGAACCACUUGUAGUUUUUGGAAAAGUUUGUCUUGGGUGCUGAAGAGUGGAAUGGUUAGAUUGUAUACACUAAUAUCUAGAUUAGUAAUUUGCACACAUUAGUUGGUACAAUAUUUAUGCAUUUGCAUUCAAAGUGUUGCCAGUAUAUUUCUCUUGCCACAAUGAAGAGUGUUGAGUUAUAGUAUUAUUCUGCAGAUCAGCCAUGAUUAGUUUAAACUAAUUAUAAUUGUAGUAGUGAUAGUUGGACAAAUUAUUUAAAAUGGUUGUUACCCCAUACCGAAAUUCAAUCAGCUGACAAGAUUGGCGUAUUCGCCAAGUAAGAAAAUGAAAAUAAUCAUCAAAAGUUUCAGGCUUUGAUUGUCUUCAAGAAUGGAGCUACAUUGUUUUGAAAUGGCAACUUGAUAGGAAACAUUGUACAAUGAAUGGGUUGCUAUUCGCUUGUCUAUAAAGUUCAGUGGAAAUAUAUAUGCCGGAAAAAUAAUUGACCAAUCAGUUCUGUAUCAGAGACACCAUGAGAAUCUGUGGAUUCUACUUACGGAAUCAACAGAUUCCAGUGAUUCCAACUUAAACCAUAUUAUGGUUGAUACGGAAUUUAUCUAUAAUUUUGCCAGAGACCAUAUACCAAUAUGGUCUCUGAUUUUGCAUAAUGAACUAUAGUUGCGUCAGAUUUACGUGAUAAAAUGCACGUUCUUAAUACCCUGUGAAUUCCUGGCUCAGAAUCAAAUGCAACAGCAAUAGUUGAACGUCAGCAUAAUGAAAGGUAGGGUAUGGACAUAGCAACAUAUUUCUGUGAUGGCCGAGUCUGGUGAUAGGGUUAAUUCUGCAUGCUAGCUUAGAUGACAGCUAGCUUUAGCUGCAUUAGGAAGUUUGAUAGAGUAUAUUUUCACAAUAAUAUCUAGCUGCAUGAAAUCGUGAAUAUUGAGCCUACUUCCAACUGCUUCUGUGGUGGCAGUGCUGUGCUGUGCUGUGCUAUGCUGUGCUGUGCUGUGCUGUGCUGUGCUGCUUGCUGGGAGUAGUCCUGCAAUAGGAGGUGAUGUGGUCUACUGCCAGGGACAUACAACAUGGAUUGGCCAACUUGUGUGAGGAGAGUGUGCUGUGUGAUAUAAAGGGCCAACUCCACAGAGUUCAACUGUUUGCUUUUAAUACACUUCCAACUGUUUUUAACUUUAUAUUUUUAAAUUAUUUUGUCAAUAUUGUUUUAUGAAAAUAAAAUGAUAAGCAAUU